AUGGAAAAAUGGACAUUUUUGGCUAUGUAUAAUGUCUCUUUUUUUCUCUCUAUAAGAAAAGCCUUAAAUUGGAUUAGGAUUUUACAAUUCCAAGGGUUUACGAAAAUUCAACUACAUACUAGAAGAUCAAAUUAAAUUAUUCCAGAUAGUUAAGUUAAGUCUGACAUAGAAAAUUGUUACAAUAAAGUUUUAAAAUUAGUUACAAUGUUGAAAUUGAUGAAUAGCCAAAAUAAUAAUCAUAGAAGGCUUUAUACGAUUAAAUUUUUAGUUUACUUUAAUAAGGUAAAACUAAAAUAAGAUGAUUAGAAUAGAGAUUGUCAAUAAAGAAAGCAAAUAAAUGGCAAAUAUUAUUCUUAUAAAUAAAUUAAAAAGAGAAGAUAAUUAAUAGUAGUUGAGCCUGAAUCUAUAAAACUUGAUCGUUCAAUUUAUAAGACAGAAUUCAAUUGUUUAUUAGAAUUAUUCACAAUUCCCACUAAAAUCAUGAAAGAGAACCUAAAAAGUAAAAACCAAUAUAAAAUUCUAGCAGUUAAAUAAAUCCAUUUUGUCGUUCUCUCGUAUUUAAGGAAUAAAUAAAAAAAAUAAAAUUCUAUUGGCCUUAAAUAACCUCAAAUGAAAAUCAAAAAUAAUACAUUUUUCCAUUUUAUUGUUUAUUUGAUUUAUUAAUUUGUUAUUUAUUUAAUAAGUAAUGAGACUUCUCCAGAAAAAAAAGAGAAAUAACUUCAUGAAAUGAGAAGGAGCUUUUGGCAAUUAAGAUUUGAAAGGGAACACAUUAUUGAGAAAGAAAAUUAAUGAAUUUUCAUAUAAUUCAGCACAAGUACUUUAAAAAAGAAAUUUACCUCUUUACCUAACAAUUACUUUUUCAAUUUUCUAAAAUGGAUGGAUGAGGGAUAAGAUUUUCAAAGUUGAAAUAGCAUGA